CCUCCCUCCCAGCGAGUGGGGAGCUAUCCAGCAAAGCGCUCCGAAGUAGUCUCCUUCCCCGGCCAGUGCUGUCUCUCGUCUCUCCAGGAAUGAGAAGUGAUGGCCGGCUCCGCCAACGAGGAGAAAACCUUCCGAAGGUUCCUGGAGCUCUUCGUCCGAGAGAUGAGGGCACCGCUCCAGGACGACGAGCCUCUGCCCCUGCGCCCGUUGUCGGACCUCGUCUCCGAGGACGAAGUGGAAGGGGAAUGUCUCGACUUGUGUCUCCAGCAUCUGUGCAAAUAUAACUGCCCGUUCACCCUGGCAGCAGCCCUUGCCCGAGCCACGGCCAGCGACGUCCUCCAGAGCGACCUCUCCGUCUACCACCAAAACAAGGCAGUGGAAGACAACACAGAGUCCCUCCCCCAGCUCGACUCGGUGAAGCUGGCUCGGCUCGUCUUCAACAAACUGUGCGAGAUCUGCUGCCUCUGGCUCAAGGACUUCCCCCAGCGGCGCCGCUCUCAGGCCUACUACGAGACGUCCAUUCACGCAAUCAAGAACAUGCGGCGGAAGAUGGAGGACAAGCACGUCGUCAUCCCGGAAUUCAACGCGCUGUUCAGCCUGCAGGACCAAGAGGACCAGGCCUACUUCGCCGUGUUCGACGGCCACGGGGGAGUGGACGCCGCCACCUACGCAUCCAAUCACCUGCACGUCAACCUGGUGCGGCAGGAGAUGUUCAGCCAGGACCCGGCCGAGGCCCUGUGCCGUGCCUUCAAGCUGACGGACGAGCGCUUCGUGCAGAAGGCCUCGCGCGAGCAUCUGCGCUGCGGCACCACUGGGGUGGUGACCUUCCUGAGGGGACGCACCCUCCAUGUGGCCUGGCUCGGCGACUCGCAGGUGAUGCUGGUCAGGCGAGGUCAGGCCGUGGAGCUGAUGAAGCCACACAAGCCAGAUAGAGAGGUGAGGCAGCCUUGCUCAUGUCUGUCCAUCCAUCCAUCCAUCCAUCCAUCCAUCCAUCCAUCCAUCCAUCCAUCCGAGACCUGCAGAUACCCAUACAGUCCGAAAGGGUAUUAUUGGGUCGAGGCUCUGUCAGGACCCUCACUCCCGUCCGCAGGCGACUCAGAGCACAAGCCAUACAUCUGCGGAGAUGCCGACCACAGCACCUUCCAGCUGGAUGGCUCAGAGGACUACCUGAUCCUGGCCUGCGACGGCUUCUACGACACCGUGAGCCCCGACGAGGCAGUGCGCGUGGUCAGCGACCACCUCCAGGAGAACGCCGGCGACACCAGCAUGGUGGCCCACAAACUGGUGGCCUCAGCCCGCGAUGCCGGCUCCAGCGACAACAUCACCGUGAUCGUCGUCUUCCUCAGGGACCCCCGCUGCCCGCCGCCCGCCGAGGUGGCCGAGGAAGAGGAGGAGGCGCCGGCUGAAGAGGAAGAGGAGCAGGAGCAAGAGGAGGUGCUGCAGGGUGAGCUCGGGUGCCAGGAUGGAGGCACAGAUAUCCGCGGCAAAAACAUGGGCUCCUGGCCGCUGCAGCAGUGCUCGGCGCCGGCGGACCUCGGCUACGAAGACCGCAUGGACUCAUUUACUGACAGAACUAGCCUGAGUCUGAUCGGACCCGAACUGCCUUCUGAGGAGAGCCGACUCCUCUACCCUGGUGCUCCGUCUGCACCUCCCACCAGAACCGUCACCCUGGACCUGACAUCACCGGCAGGACCCGGUGCGGCCUGGCGUCCCUACAAGCUAGAGGGCCGCCCAGUCUACAGCCCUGACCCUGGCCCCCGCCACCCGUCUCCUCGACGGUCCAGGCGAUGGCUGCAGAUGGAGUCCCUCUUCCCCCGUGAGUGGAGGCCCAGGAGGUGGAGCACCUCCUCCAGGCGGGUACCCCGCACAGGAGGGAUGAGAGAGGCGUAUGGCCCCCCUGCGCCCCCUCCAGGCCACCCCCCGUCCCCGGCGCUGCCUGAGAAACCGGCCCGGCGUGGCCCCUACCCCGCGUGCCGCUGGGCGGCUGCUUCUGACGCAGUCAUCUCCCCAUCUCUCACUCCCUCCACCCCCCCCUACCCCUCCGACCAGGACUGACCACUCACUUCAUGCCACACUGGCACUGAGCCCGGGAUGCCACCAGCCACAUGCUUAUCCUCCCCCACCCCACAUUAUUGCCCACCCCCAGCCAAUCAGAAUCCUAGGAUGAGCUCUGAAGAGCCAGACAUUCCCUCAGUGUCUUAUAAAUACAUACUGGCAUACAUGAGGUCGGUCCAUUACAGCGAAAAACUUUUACAUUGGAGCUCAAAAUGUGAAAGUCACAUCACAUAACACUAUGAUGAUAUAUAUCGACGUACUAGCAUUGUGGAGACUGUAUUAUCAGCCAUUAAUAUCAAGUAAUACAAGGCCAUUAUCAGUUUGGAGACCCAGCCUGCGGAAUAGAGGCUGGCGCCCACAGUGAUGCCUGUGGCGGCCUGCAAGCCUCGAGGGGGGGGCGGGCCGGAGGGAACAUGUGCCUUUUCACCCAGACUGCAACCAAGACCAGCCAGCGGCACCAGAGGCAGAGAGGCGCGGGGGGGCCUCAGCCGUAGACGGGGAGCGGGUGAGCCCAGAGCUGACAGCCAUAUAAACACACACACACACACACACACACCCGGCAGCCAGACGCCAUACUGGACAGCAGCCUCUGUCGCCAUCGCUCUUUUUUUAUGUUCGUCUUUCUUGUUUUUGAUCGUAUCGCAAGACAAUGGGAAGCUUUUCUUUAACAAUUCAAAACUUUAUUGUUAUUAUUUUUUUUUUUUUUAAAAGUAGCCAAGUGUCUGAAGAAUCUAAGCAAUCCUCACCACGGCUGGGCUGAAGGCGUCCCCACGCUCCCCAUCCCACCAUAUUUGCUCCAUCUCCUCAGAUGAAGUUUAGUAACGUAGAUGUACGGAAUCACCUCCCCCUCCCCUCAUAUUCUCACACUAACCAUCACAUUGUGCCAUUUGACCUCACCCGGGUGUCCCUGCUAGGCUGGUGUAGUUCCUGGCCAAGGGGGAAACGUCAGAGGGCCUGCCCAGGGGGACCGGCGAGGUCCCACACAGAGGGCCCGCCCAGGGGACCGGCGAGGUCCCACACAGCAGGAUGUCCUCCUGCCCUGGUCCUCUGUGCCUCCUUCUGUAAAGGACAUUUACCCGCCUCUCUGCUGGCGAUGGCAUAGCAACGAGAGAACUGCAGCUCAUGCCGUCCGGCGCUCCACCGGACUACUACGCCUGACUGCAGGGGACGCUCAGACGCCUCCGGGACCUCCGUCCGCCCAGACGUGGACCCGGAGCGGGGCUGUCUACAUGGGGCAGACUCAGUGGAAUGCAUCUGUGUUCAUUCUUCAGAGACUGGAGAGAACCCGCCACGUUGGGCAGGAUGCGGUAGGGGGGCGACCGUCGCCUGGUCGCGAGAUGGACAUAUGUACUGCCAGCUAUCGCUCCCUCUGCGCAACCAUGCCACCCUGCACCGAGACCCUGUAGGCGCUGGCUGGUCUGUCUGCAGGCGAUGAAGGCACCAGCGCCCCCCAGGGUCUGGACUGACUGUCUCUGGGACAUUGUAUUGCAUUAGACUCCCAUACCCUGCCCUGUGUCUUCUGUGUGGAGAUGUUGUAACCUAUAUAAAGGUGGUUUCCCCAAA